ACCCUCAAUUGGUUUUUCGUUAUCUGAAAAGUCCAAUGUCUAGUGAACUCCGCUCGUGGUGCGGUAAUCUACGGUUGUAAAGAUUAGUCGACAAGGGAAAAGGCGAUCAAUUGGUGGUUUUAGCACUUAGUAGCGUUUUGUCCGGGGUUAAGGCGAAAUGGAGCUGAAAGCGUUAGCUGUGCUUUGCCUGUUGGCCGUUGUGGAAGCUCAAAUCUUAGUGGAGAAGAGUGAGCCUGCACCGGAAAAGGACCAUUACCACAGUCGGAAUCAUUUACUAACGAAGUUUGAGAAAAAUGCAUUCACGGAAGAGGAGACGCACUCGAAAUUCUGGGUGGACAGCGCACAGAAUACUUUGAACAACAAAUUAAACCAGAAGAAAUCAACAACGAAAGCCAAGAACGUCAUCUUCUUCAUCGGCGAUGGAAUGUCUCCGCAGACUGUGGCGGCUACUCGAGUAUACCAAGGCAACGAAAACGAGUACCUAUCGUUUGAAAAGUUUCCGUACUUGGGGCAGGCGAAGACCUACUGUGUCAAUCGACAGGUACCGGACUCGGCUUGUACCGGUACGGCGUACUUCUCCGGGGUCAAGGUCAACUACGGAAUGCUGAACGUGGUGGCGUCGAUUCCACGAUACACCUGCGACUACGAGAAGAACAACUCCACCGAGCUCGAUGGUCUGAUGAAGUGGGCCCAGGAUGCCGGGAAGGCGACCGGAAUUGUGACGAAUACUCGUAUUACCCAUGCCUCACCGGCAGCUAGCUAUGCGAAGAGUGCCACUCGCGGAUGGGAGAAUGAUGCCGAAGUUGUCUCCGACAAGUGCGAUCCGGAGAAAACAAUCGACAUUGCUACUCAGAUGGUUCACAGCGAAGUACCCAAGAAUUACAAGGUGAUACUGGGUGGUGGACGCAGAAACUUCCGUCCAACAGACGUCACCGAUGAAGAGGGAUCAAGAGGCUACAGGACUGACGGAAAGGACCUGAUCGAAGAGUGGGCAGCUGUUCAUAAAGACAUGGGAGUCGCGUCGUACGUGUGGAACCGCGAAGGCUUACUGGGAACCAACUUGGAAAAAACCGACUACCUCCUGGGACUGUUCGAGGCCAGUCACCUGAAGUACAACCUGCAAGUGCAGCAGCAGAACGUCGGGAGCGUGGAACCAACCCUGGCGGAGUUGACAGAGAUAGCGAUCAAGAUGCUGCAGAAGAGCGACGAAGGAUACGUGCUGUUCGUCGAAGGUGGGUUGAUCGAUCUGGCUCAUCACGACACACGGGCUCGCAUCGCACUGGACGAAACGGUGGAAUUCUCGAAGGCAAUCGAGCGUGCCAGGAAGCUGACCAGUGAGGAGGAUACGUUGGUCGUGGUCAGUUCGGAUCAUAGCCAUGUCAUGACCUACAAUGGUUACACGAAACGAGGCCAGGACGUCCUUGGCAUAGCGGACAUCAGCGACAAAGACGGCCUCCCGUAUACCACCCUCAGCUACGCUAACGGCCCUGGGUACGCCGAUACGUACCAAUCGGGCGACCCUGCCGAACGGAUCGACAUCACCAACGUCGACUACACUCAGAUGAACCAACGCUACCUGGCGACGGCUCCACUCAGCUCGGAAGCCCACGGCGGUGAAGACGUGAACGUCUACAGCUCCGGGCCGCUAGCGCACAUCUUCGUCGGAAACUACGAACAGAGCACGCUUCCGCAUCUGAUGGCCUACGCAGCCGGAAUUGGGCAGUACUAUGAACCCGCGGAUGACAAAGACAAAGACGACGACGGUGGCGCAGCGUCGCUAUCCUCCUGUCUGGCACUGCUGUUGGCUGCCGUGGCGGUAGCAGUGGCGAUAGGGCGCCAUUAGGAUUCACCCUGUAGAUAAGAACAAUGUCUCAUGUGAUAGGUGGUACAAGGUGUACAGUACACAUUAAUCGUUUUCGUAAAGUACCAAUAAACCAAUAAAGCGUUAAUUUAUAGAUAA